AUGGCCCGCAAGACGAAGAAAGAGCUGGUUUCGGAGGAUUCGGGAGAUGAUGAGGAGGUUAUGGCUAGUGAAGAAGAGCUCGAGGCAGAACUCGACGAGCCGCCCUCCAUCGAGCCUUACCAAGUCCUAGGAAUCGAGAGAAGCGCGACAGAGAGCGAGAUCAAGUCCGCAUACCGCAAGGCCGCGUUGAGGCACCACCCGGACAAAGCCGCACCUCACCGCAAGGACGAAGCGCAUACCAAAUUCCAGGAGGUUGCCUUCGCAUACGCAGUCCUCUCCGAUCCUAUCCGCAGAAAGCGCUACGACAAGACGGGCUCGACUUCAGAAUCCAUAUCUGUCAACGAAGACUUUAGCUGGACCGAUUUUUACUCUGAGCAGUUCCGCGACGUGGUUACUGUGAGUGCUAUCGAGGAGUUCGCGAAGACCUACAAGGGAUCGGAUGAGGAGAGGGACGAUGUCGUUGCUGCCUAUAAGACGCAUAGAGGUUCCUGGAACAAGAUUUACCAGACGGUUAUGUUGAGCGACUGUCUAGAGGACGAGGACCGCUUCAGGGGCUACAUUGACGAGGCGAUCGAGAAGGGAGAUGCCACAGGCUUUCCAGCAUACCUGAAGGAGACUCCCAAGCAGAAGGCUGCUAGGAUGAAGGCUGCGAGGAAGGAGGCCGAGGAGGAGGCUGCGGAGGCCGAUGUCUAUGGCAAGGAGUUGAAGGCCAAGAAAGAGGAGGCGAAAGGAUUGGAAGAUCUGGCCGCGCUGAUCCAGAACAAGCACAGAAACACAGGCUCGUCGUUCUUGGAUGCUCUGGAGGCGAAGGCCAAGGCAGAGCAGAAAUCAAAGCAUGGGAAGCGCAAGGAGAAAGUUGUUGACGAGGAUGAGGACAUGGAGGAACCCUCGGAGGAAGCCUUUUUAGCUACCGCUGCUAAGAUGCAAAAAGGCAGUGGUGCAAGUGAGGGACGGAAGAGCAAGCGUGGGAAGCACUGA